AUGUUCUACUUUCACUGUCCGCCUCAACUGGAUGGGGAGUGCUGUCGCUCCAACACAUUGAAUUCAACCGGCUUUGGCAACCACGCCCCGGCUGAUUUUGAUGACGGAUUUCUACGUAGAAAACAGCGCAGAAACAGAACAACGUUCACUUUGCAACAGCUGGAGGCUUUGGAGGCAGUCUUCGCUCAGACUCACUACCCGGACGUGUUCACCCGGGAGGAGCUGGCCAUGAAGAUCAACCUGACCGAGGCCAGGGUGCAGGUUUGGUUUCAGAACCGCAGAGCAAAGUGGAGGAAGACGGAGCGAGGCAGCACAGACCCUGAAGGAGGCAAAGAGCAGAUGAGUGAGGGCACUCCUCCAUCUCGCAGCAUCAACUCUCAGUCCCCAGUGGACCACAGCCGAAAACAGAAAGAACCACUGGAGAUGCAGCAGAGUAUCAACAGGACGGUAGGUCCUGGUGGUCCGUUCUUCCCAUCUUGCAUACCAGGCACACUCCUCAACUCUGCCACCUACGCCCAGGCCCUCUCACAGGUCGCCACUCUGAAAGGUAAUGGUUUGUGCUCCUGCUGCGUUUCUGACCCCAUGGGCUUGUCCUUCCUGCCACCCUACGGUUGUCAGGGCAACCGCACAGCCAGCGUUGCAGCCCUGCGCAUGAAGGCCCGUGAGCACUCGGAGGCUGUGUUGCAGUCUGCCAACCUGCUCGGUGCGGCAGCAGGGCCUGGAACCGGCGUGGGAGUCUUGUCUGGAGUCGGUGUGGCAAGGCCCACGGUGGGCCCUGCCAUCGAUGUGUCCGGCACUGUGGGAAGAGGGGGAGACAGCUCAAGUCCCAGCCCGGCCACCAAGAUCUCUGUGUUGGGCAGCAACCUUGAUAAACACCCUCCCUGCUCUAAGGAGUCACUGGAGAAAAAGUGA